UUAUACAUAUACGCAGUAUAGACGUAAAAUAAUAUUUUUCAAAAAUAACAUUAUCAACAGAAUAGCUUUAUACGUUCCGACAAAAACUGUUAUGUUAUUAGUUUUUUGUUUUUUUUUUUUUUUAGAAAAUGCACUAUACAAUUAAGCUACUAAUUACUUAAUUCUUUCAUCGAUUUUAUAUAUUUAAUUAUUAUCAAGUCACAUUGUUAUACUGUAUCCAUCGAAGCACAUUGAGGUAUCAAUUGCUUAUUCUUUCCUUCCAUCAGAACUCAUGUCUAUCUGAUUUUCCAACCGACUGAUGGUGAAAUCACUUCCUUUUCUCAGAAAACGGCCAGAGACGAAGUCAAAGACCUGGUCUGCUUUAGAAGAUGCCGCUAAAGCCGUGCUCGGCCAGCGGAUCGAAAGGUCUAAAGACCGCGCACGCAUGCGCGGAUACGAGAGUAUAGCUGUCUGGAAAAUGAUGGUGCUGGCUAAACAGACCGUUGUCUGGUCAAAGGCGCUAGCAGUCGCCACCGGCCCCGCUCCCAAUCCACGCUGCCAUGACAGUCCUUCUCCGUGUCGCGGUGAGUGCACCGAGUACCAACGCGUUUAAAGAGCGCCGCUGCUGAACACUCGGCUGAUGCACUUAUCGGCGUUGCACUGCGAGAAGGUCGACCGAGAUCCAAUCUUGGCUUGUGGUUCGUUAAAGUGCUGGAGUUGCGGCGAACCAGCUCUCGCGCGGGUCGAUCAGGUCGACCAGGCGAGGCCGUCCUGGGUGUGCUGAUCAUCACUAUCAUCAUCAGCGGGAGUCUCGCGAAGCGCGAGCGUGCGUCGUGGAUAUCCGUGUGUGAAGUGGCGGUGGGGUUGUUGAUGUAAUGCGUGUCCCGGAAUCCCGCACGCAUGCAUGCACGCACGUCUGGCUCGCUGUCAGUUUCGGAACAAUAAAUACUAGUCCGUGUCAAGAUACAACGGGCAGCCACGCUUCUCCUAGAUUUGGACGAUCGAUGCGCCUCGUCGAACCCCGUAGGUAGGUAGGACGCCUUCUCCGAGACUAGGACCUACCUACCUCUUGAGCGUAAAAUAAAAACGCCGCACGCGCUUUUCGUAGCAAAGCGUAAAGUGCAGCGAGCAUCGAUCGCUGCAAGAUAUUUCGAAUAACUCGUUGGAAAGGUCGCAUGACUUGAGAAAUUCGCCGGUAUUCGCGUGUAGUUUCUAUCGAAAAAAAAUUCGAGGCUUUUAAUAAAAUCCUGCUAAAUUUCUACAGAGCUUUCAGGAUUCAAAGCUUAUUGAGAUUCAGAUUUUUUUCUAGCGGUUCAUUGAAUAAAUCUAAAACCCUUUCCUUAUACAAAAUAAUUGUCUGAUAAUAGUAAAACUUUUAUUGUUCUUUAUUCAUUCCUUUUGCAGCGUACUCGAAUCGGAGUGAAUCGAUGCGUUGAUCGCGAUCGCGAGAUUUUCGGAGCAGUCCGCGUGCUCCGAAAAAUACGCCGGCAACGAGCGCGCUGUACACGAAUCAGUGUACGAAUGAUCGAUCGAUACGUCCGUGGAUUCGCCGGCGUAGACCAACGGGAUUUUCCGAGCCGCCCUUGAACGAAGAAUAUGGAAUAAGGUGUGGUGGAAAACGAGCCUGCCGUUUACACCCCGCGGAGCGAAUAACGCCGGUGUUGCGAACGUCACACGCGAUAAUAAAGAAUAUUACGUGCAUAGAUAUUUAUUUUAUUGCCAACGUGUCGUACGCAUUUCCAUGUGGAUAGUUUAAUGAUGUAAGAUCGUUUGCAUAAUGCACACUUCCGCAUGUUUCGAUUACAUUUAAAUUAUCUUCUCUUCUGGUACACGUACGAGAAAGUGUGUAUAAGAACAUAUAAUUAAAAUGUGACUGGAAUGUAUGUCUUUACGUUAGUAAUAGUUAAUUGUCACCUUUCUAAUUUUCUACGCUCUCGUAGGUUUCAGGAUCCAGUUAUGACUUCUUAAUCGCUUUCCGCGAGGUCAUGCAAAUGUGAAUGAUGGGAAUAUGAAGGCUCACUCGAUGCAUCGCAUUCUACGUAAUAUCUAUCAUAUAUGAGAAAAAAUGCAGCCUUUUCUAAUUGAAUCGCAAUUAGAUAACUAAUUAUUCAAUUUUAUUUCUAAUACGCAAUAACGAACGCGCACGUCGAUAAUCGCCGAGGUAAUUGGUCGGAUAAUGCACUAUUCGACAACUUUCUUAUUUCGCUGACUCUGCGACAACAAAAACGUGAACAGUGCGUAUUAGCGGGUUUCGCGAGCAAUAAAAAGAGAAAGAAAGAGAGAAAAAGCCUCCUUUGCACCAAACAACGAUUGCGUUAUCGCCGCUUCUCCCGCCGGUGUGUUAACGAACGAGAGAGUUCGCCGCCGCCCCGUUUCCGCAUACCUCGCAGUCUCGAAUGCUAGAAGCAUCCAGUCAUGAAGAAGCAGUUUGGUUCACACCCUUGCGUACAUUCGGGCGAUCUUCGGUCGAGAGACCGGUACGCAUUAAUUAUAUCAAGGGAAUACGAUGUCGAUGACAGAGAGAGGCUUUAUAUUCGUACCAAGUGCAUCACUGAAACUUGCACCGCGUGAAUCUUUAAUCUUGAUCGCGCGAAUCACCGUUCAAAAAUGCAAUGAUUUUUGUAAAUGACGAGUUUUCUCCGAUGAAUUCCAGGUGACGAUCCUGAGAGUAACUCGAUGAACGUCGCGCCAUUGCCGGUCGAUAGGGUGCACCGAUACGCUUCGGAGCGAGCCGGAGCGUUGGUGGAAGCUUUCUCGGAUGCAGGACCGAGCUUAUCGCGGAACGAAUCGUGACAAACGGCCGCUUCUUUUCGGAUCAUUGUAAGUGUCGGGCAUCGCGGCAGCGGUGACGAGGCGAUGUUCGCGAUUUGACGCGCCACGUACGGCCAAUAACGUCGAUAGCUCAAUCGCGAAUCACGACUCACGAUACACGUUCGCCGGUUGUUUCCACGGACGGUACUGUGAUCACACACAUAUACACACACUGUGAUAUAUACGUAAUACAUACAUGUAUAUAUGCUACGAGGUGCGAGAAAUCGAGACUGUCCGCGAUUGCGUCGCGUAAGGUCGCACGUCAAGCACGUUCAAGCAAUCGAGAAACGAGAUAUCUCGUAUGUUAUCUCUUUCUCGCGUUCGGUUUGGGGACGUUUAACGAGUGAGGAAGAUGUUUAACUUUAUGAAGAAGACCGCGGAGAAAGACGACAAGGAGAAGCGGAAGCGCGAGAAGAAGGAACGGAAGGAUGUCAAGAAACGCGAUCGCAGCAGCAUGUCCGCGGAGGAGCUCCUGCGAUUGGACGAGGUCCGUAGAUCACUGAAGAUUCCCGGUCGCCGGAAGGAGAAAGAGAAGCUACCGAGCGGUAUCACAGCGGAUUACAGCGCGUCGUUUUUCGCGCAUCUGGACCGCGAUCUUUUGGACGCCACGCAGAAUGCAGACUCGGGUCCAGGCUCGACGAUCAGCGCCGGUACCAGUAGUUGGUCUAGCGUGAGAACACCCGACGGUUUGAUGCAGAGCGACUCGUCGGAAGCGUCUCUCACCUCACUAACGAUGACCACAACCACAUCGUCGACGACGAUGAGUCAUGCGGGUGGCAAGAAUUUGCCGCCAUUGCCGCCGAAGCCGCCCAAGCGAGGGAUCCUCAAGGGGCCUCGAUUGAGCAUCAACAGCGGCGUCGUGAGCGUUCUUUCGGAGGAGAACGCGUUGCCGAACGGCACCGAGACGAGUUACCAGGAAGCCAGCAAUCUGCUAGUGAGGAACACCCUUCAGAAUGAGGUGAUAGCCUAUCAAAAUGUGCCGACGCAUUUCAACAGCGUCCUGAACAAAGACGAGGCCUGCAGCGAGGAGGAGACGGUGUGUCAGACCACGUGGCGCGUGGCCUCUACGCCGCAACAGACCGUUCAGCAACAGCAGCAGCAUCAUCAAAUCGACGCCAAACUGUUGCAGGUUGUCACUAGUGCUAGUCCAUCCGCGGAUUCCUUGACGGACACGACAAACUCGAGUUUUGCCACGCCGCCAUUUAGCCUGUCGCCCGUCGGCGAGUCCCAGGGUUUCUCGAGGUGGCGCUCGUCUGUCUCUUUCGAGGAGCAGGGGAUCGAGCUGCAGCUGCCAGAGCUCGUGCCGCUCGAGUUACCCGAACCAAGGGAACUCACCAUUCAGAGGCAGCCACCGCCGCGAAACGAUUUCGGCUUUUCCCUUCGUCGCGCGGUGAUCGUCGAACGUGCGGCAAACGGCGUUACGCAGAUGAGACCGGUAAUCUUCGCCGAACCCGGCGCUCUGGUCCAGCAUAACAAUGACACGGGUCUAUUGCCCGGUGACAGGCUGAUCGAGGUCAAUGGGAUUAACGUCGACGACAAAUCCCGCGAGGAGAUUAUCGAUCUCAUCAAGAGCUCCGCCAGCAGCGUCACUGUGAAGGUGCAGCCAGUCGGCGAGCUGUCGGAGUUAUCGAGACGCGGCGGCUGUGACGGACGUCAAGUCGAAUUGGCGCCUGCAAAUAUCCGCGGCGGCACGCUUCGUCGAUCCGGCAGUUUGCGGUUUCAUCAGAAUACAGCGCGAUCGGAGGAACAUUUGGCACUAGAACAAGCAUGGCUAGCUUCCGAGAAGAUCUGGUUAUUGCACCGCGGAGGUUUCACUCCCGCAACAAGGUUCGGUUCCGCCGAUCCCGACACAGGAAAGCUGAGAAUCCGAUUGACCAUUUCUGGAGAGGAGUUGCUCGUGGACGAGGAAGAUGUAGAGAAGGCUAAUCCACCCCAGUUUGAUAAAGCCGAGGAGCUUUCCCAGUUGCGGUUCCUGAGUGAAUCGUCCGUUCUCCAUACAUUGAGACAACGUUACGCCAGUAAUUUGAUACACACGUAUGCGGGAGACAGCAUGAUUGUUAUUAAUCCGGUUGCACCAUUGGCAAUUUAUUCGGAAAAGGUCGCGCACAUGUUCCGAGGUUGCAAAAGCGAGGACAUGCCACCACAUAUUUAUGCGAUAGCGCAGUCGGCUUACCGAGGAAUGCUGGCGACGCGUAGGGACCAUUCCCUGGUUUUCCUCGGACGUAGCGGAGCGGGGAAAACUACGAACUUCAAACACGCUCUUCAUUAUCUCGUACUGGCUGCUGGCACGGUUAACAAGAUCUUGACGAUCGAGAAGCUAAACGCGCUCUUCACGGUCCUCGAGGCCUUUGGAAAUAGUAGAACGCAUAUGAAUUCGAACGCGACGCGUUUCACGCAGCUCUUCAGCCUUGACUUCGAUCAGUCGGGUCAAAUCGCCUCGGCCUCUCUGCAAGUGCUGUUACUGGAGAAGUCGAGGAUAGGCCGACGAGCUAACGGGGAUCCGACCUUUCAUGCCGUUUACCGUCUGCUGGCGGGCGCGGAGGGUGCAUUGAGGAAAGAAUUACAUCUUACAAAUCUAGUCGCCGAGAAUAAUCCCUUUGUCACGCCGCUGCAGAAGCACGAGGAUAAGCAGCGAGCUAUGGUCGAGUUUAACCGCAUCGUCGCCGCGCUCAGGAUACUCGGCAUCUCCGAGGCCGACGAGAAGGUCAUCUGGCUGGUGCUGGCCGGCAUUUAUCACUUGAGCUGUGCCGGCGCCGUGAAGGCCGGUACUAGUUCGCAGAGCAGGUGGCAAUUCGCCAGAGUUGAAUGCGCGGAGAAAGCCGCCAAUCUGCUGGGCACCACCGUCGAGGAGUUGAGCCGAAUGGUCUUCUCGUCUAAUGGAGGUGGCGCCGGAACACCAAGCACUCCGAGACCAGCUCUAAGAACACCCAGCCCGACGGAGCAGGGCAAGGACGUCACGGGACUCGAUGCGCUGGAGGGACUUUUGGUCGGACUCUAUUCCGAGGUCUUCCACUGCGUCGCGGCUCUCAUUAACAAAUCCAUAUCAUCCGCUGUACAUACAGUUUCAUCUGUGCUGCUGUGUGAUUCGCCAGGUUUUCAAAACCCUGCUUCGUGCGGCCGGCAAACCGGUGCAACUUUCGAGGAUCUUUGCCACAAUUAUCUGCAGGAGCGUCUGCAGUUACUGUUUCACCAUACUACGUUGAUAGCUCCGAAGGAUAGAUACGUCCAGGAGAGCAUUGAUGUAGAUUACGAGGACGAUUACGACGAGGACGGCAUCGGAUCACCUCAAGGUUUAGUUUCUCUUCUGGAUCGCGGAAGCUCGCAAAGCGCGACGAUGUUGCGAACUAGUCAAAGCGAUCUUAGCGGCAGCAGGCAGAUGGAACGGAAAGGAUUACUCUGGCUGCUGGACGAGGAGACUGUGUGUCCUGGAGGUAGCGACGAAACCUUCUUGGAUCGUCUAUUCUCUCAUUACGGAGAUCGAGAUUACCAAACGCUUUUACGAAAAGCGCCGGGCAACAAUCAAUUCGUUUUGCAACACUUGUUGGGAACAAAUCCCGUGCUUUAUACUGCCACCGGCUGGCUUAAGGCCACGCGCGAAAAUACCGUUUCUAAGAGUGCCAUUACGAUACUUCAAGAAAGCACACGAGAACACGUAAGCAAGCUGUUUGUAAGUGCCCGGGGCGCCGGUGUUUCCGGCGCUCUAUGCAGUUCCAUGCCGGGACUCGAAGGCUCACAAUCCUUGAGACGCGCCUCGAGCAUACGAAGAACGUUCACGGCCGUGAAAAGGAAGAACAUUUGCCUGCAAGUGAAAUUCACUGUAGACGGUCUCGUGGAAACAUUACGGAGAACACGCGUGAAGUUUGUGCAUUGUCUUUUACCUCAGCACAAUGCUGGUUGUACCGACAAUAAAAGCCUUCUCUCCGUGAAAUCGAAUCAGAGCGAGGACAGCGUCAUUAAUGUGCCUCUUCUACGAUCGCAGAUACGCGGAAGCCAGAUAAUAGACGCUAUUCGUCUACACAAAGUUGGAUUCCCGAAGCAUAUGGCCCUAGGUGAGUUUAGACGUCGAUUCGGACUACUAUCGAGCGACGUGAACGCUCGUCCCGGAAGUCCUGUCACCGAUGAACGUCGCGCCGUCGAAGACAUGCUGCUCACCGUCGAUGUCGAUCCCGCAUCCUAUCGAGUUGGUCAAAGCCAGAUAUUCUUCAGAUCGGGCACCUUGGAACGAUUGGAGGCUCAGAGGGACGAGAAACUCACGGGCCACAUCAUUCUACUGCAGGCGAGAUGCAGAGGCUAUCUAGCGCGGCGCAGACUCAAUACUUUGAAAUUGCAAGAUCUCGCAGUGCGCUGCAUCCAAAGGAACGUGAGGAAGCUAAUGUCCGUGCGAGAAUGGCCUUGGUGGAGAUUGUACGUGAAAGUUGCGCCCUUGUUGAACGUUCAUCGGACCGAAGAUCAGCUGAAGGCGCGAACGGAAGAGCUCGAGCUUCUCAAGGCAAAAGUGGAGCGCUUGGAGCAGGAACGUAAUCAUCUGAAACACGACAAUGACAAAUUAGAGGCGAAGCUGAGCGAGAUGACCGCAGACUUUGCCGAAGAGCACUCUACGUCGACAUUAGCGGCGGAGAGAAUCGAUGCCGAGACAUCGGAGCGUCUGCGACUCGAGCGGGAGUUGCAAGAUGUAACCGAGGCUAAUAAGAAUCUUCAGCAAACGACCGAACGGCUGGAGAUGGAAUUGUUAUACGCGAGGGCUGCCGAUUUGAACGGGGUAGCUUCCGAUGGUGAGGAGGGCGAGGACAGCGGUGUUUACAGGCAACGGUACGAAAAUGCCAUCCGGGAACUUGAGUUCACGAAGAGGAAAAUGGCACAGCAGCACGAGGACGAUCUGGAGCAGCUGGUGGGACUCAAGAAACAGUUGGAGAAGAAGUUGGCCGAUGCUUACGAAGAGGUGGAGGAGCAACGACAAGUCGUCGGACAGUGGAAACGACGAGUUCAAAAAUUGAACGGUGAGAUGCACGAUCUCAGAUUGCUGUUGGAAGAACAGACCGCUAGGAAUAACCUCCUCGAGAAGAAGCAGCGCAAGUUUGAUUCGGAAACUCAGAACUUGAUGAACGACCUUAGACAAGAGAAAGCACAGCGUGAAAGAUUAGCGAGAGAAAAGGAGAUUGCGAUCGCGGAAAAAUUCACAGUGGAGCAAAAUCUCAGCGACGCAAGACUAGAGAUUGAACUAAAGGAGGAGAGACUUCGCACAUUGACCCAAGAAUUGGAGGAGCUCACUUUCGGUGGCAAAACGGAAGAGGAAGUCGCGCAGCUGAAGAAAGCGAAACACGAGCUGGAGAAACGCGCCAAGGAUCAAGAAGAGGAGCUGGACGAUUUAGCUGGCCAGGUGCAGCUGCUCGAACAGGCGAAACUCAGAUUGGAGAUGAGCAUCGAACAGCAGCGCAAGGAGAUGCGUAAGGAGAUGCAACUGCGCGACGAGGAACUGGAAGACGUUCGCGGAAGCGCUCACAAGAAAGUUAAGGCCCUCGAAUCACAGUUGGAAAACGAGCACGAGGAGAGGACGAUCCUUUUGAGGGAAAAACACGAAUUGGAACGUCGUUUGGUAGCUCUGGAGGAACAAGAUCGAGCCGAUCGCGCGGCGGAGGCCGAGACUAUGCAGAGAUUGAAAAGAGACUUGAAGAGGACAAAGGCCUUACUCAGAGAUGCGCAGACGAUGCUUGAGAGAUCCAAAGGCGAUUCGACGGGCAAAGCCGCGCUGCGUCAAUUGAAGAAUCAAUUGGAAGACGCGGAAUGCGCUCGAGCAGCGGCGAUUAAAGCGAAACAGGCGUUAGAACAGGAACUGAAUGAAACGCAAGCGAGUCUAGAGGAGGCUAUGCGACAACGUUCUGAGGCAGAGGAGCGGGCUAAUGCGGCCAAUCGCGAACGCACGGAGCUGCUGUCCCAGUUAGAGGAAAACGAAGAGGAGCUUGCUGAGGUCUUAAAAAAAUAUCGAGCCGCCGUGCAACAAGUUUCCGCGGAGCAAAGCCAAUUGCAAGAAGCACAAGUGCAAAUCGCCGCACUCGAGGCAGAAAAGUCAUCGUUGAAGGACCAACUAGCGGAACUGGCGCAACGAUUAGAAUCAGUGGAGCAACUCGGCGAUCCUACGGCAAACAGUCUUGCCACAAGACGCCUGGAAUUCCGAGCCAAAGAGCUCGAGAGCAAGCUAGAACUGGAACAAACCACAAGAGCGCGUUUGGAGACGCAAAUAGCACGAUUGAAGGAGAGCGUAGAUAAGUUACAGACGGAAUCAGCCUUACUUAGAACGAAAGAACAGACUGCUCAAGACGCGGCGAGACGACUGCAACGAUCCUUGCGCGACGCGCGCGACGAAGCCAGCGCGGCAAUAUCGCGCGAACAGGAGGCCCUACGUGCUCGUCGCGACACAGAGAAAUCUUUGGAAGCCGCAGAGGCUGAGACCAAAGUGGCUAGAGACGAUCUCAGAUUGGCGCUACAGAGGAUCGACGACUUGCAGAGCGCAAUUCAAGGUGAACUCGACUUGGACUGCAGCGAGGAAGCCACCAGCGAGAAUAGUGAUAGUGAUUGAUCCGAGCCGUUAUCGGACCUCGGGUCCGAUCAAAACGACGAAAACACGACUGAAACAGGAUCAAUGGACCAGGUAAUGGAUGGACUUUCGCAUACCGAGACGUCGAGUAAAACGUAAACCCGCCCGUAUUUAGCGUAUACGACCGAAACUAACAUGAAAGUGACAAACUAGAAUCAUAGUCCGGAGAGACGAAAGACUGGUUAGGUGAAGUGUUUACGAAGGGCGGUGAUAGCUCGAAAUCGCGAUGAACUUUAAUCGUGCUGCUUGAACGAUGCUACUGAGGAAGUUAGCAUCCUGUUUUCGCUAUCAUAGAGAAUAAAACUACCGUGAGAGCGAAUCAAACUAGCGCGGAGGCUAGUCGUUUAAUGACGGAAUCAAACUUACGAAUUAAAGUUCGAGCUGUGGAUCAAGCUAAAAUCACUAAGCUAAUCAACUGUGUGUGACCACACACUAUCUUUGUGCGAGCGAUGAUGAACUUUUUAGGUGCUAACUAUGUAUAAUUCUCAGAAAAAGAAUCUCGAUGUCGUGGCUAACUUUGCACGUCGCACCUGAUCGUGCGUCUGCGGUGCUAUUAUCUUGUCCGUUUUUCUUCUCUUUUUUUUUCUUAAACCGUCGAUAACAACGACAUCGUCCUUUUCCAGUCUUCCAUUAAAAUUCGAGCCAUUUCUUCAUAAACGCGAGUGCGAAUAUUGAUGAAAUUGCGCGCAUUCUGCCGAACAAAAGUCGAAAUACAUCCGAGAGGAAAAGCAUUUUUAAUACAGAUAUAAAGAAAACUUUAUAUCUUUUUAUUAGAUAUAUAUAAAUAAGUAUCUUGCAAUGAAUUUUGCGAAGCAAUAGAUUAAAACUUUCUUGGUUUUAAUAUCGUUGUCGCAAGAUUUUAUUUUUUAUAGGAUAUUCGUACUUUUGUUCGACAGCGUAGAGAUAUACGCCGUGCGAAUAUUUUCUCAUGUAGAAUUAGCUCGGGAACAAUCUUCUACGUAGGAAAGGACACAUUAUGCUUUUUAUUCUUACAAUUCUUACCGUCUUUAUAUUUGUAUAAAAAGAAAGGAAUAGAAAGGAGCACGACAGAGAAACGCGUGCCACGACUCGAAUUAGGGCUUUGGUUUCGUGUAAGGAUUCUCGUGUAACUUAUUGCUUUGUAAAAUGCAAAUCUCCUAUUUAAUUA